UAAUUCUCCACUUUUAUGUUCCAAUAAAGAAUAAAAUUUCCGAAAGUUUUCGAAACAGUUUUAGAAUAUUUUUUGAGUUAAAUAAAUUAUCCCAAAUUGAAGUUUACAAGCAACAAAUCAGCUAAUUUUCAUAAUUAUAAAUACCGUAUAUUUUAUAUAGGCGUAGACAUACUUAACUACAACUAGCAUUACCAAUAUGGCUCAUCACACGGUUAUAACAUUGGAGAAGCCUCUCCAGCAUUUGGCAUUAUCCGAUUGGAAUGCUCGUGUAAAUCAAUUGCGCAAUAUAGCCGAUGCAAGACGGAGUGACGCUUUCAAGAUCCGACAUAGCUCACGAACUCUGCGCAACGAGACACGCAUCGAAGGCGAUUGGACGAAUUACGAAACUAAUGAAGCGUUAGCAGAUCGUAUUGCAGAGCUAGCGCGUUGGCGCGAAACAAUUGCCAGGACAUUCGAACGAAUUGAGCGAGAAAUGAAAAUGCUUGAGGAGGAGAAAGCUUCAACGGAACGGGAACUUGAAGCCAUGCAGACACCUAUUAGUGUUAUUGCAGAAUGCUUGACUAUGCGCGAUUGUCGUUUAGGGUCUGAAUUGACCUACGACGACGCUGAUACCGAGAUUAAAAACGAAUUGGCGGUUAUUGAGAAUAAUCAACGCCUGCUUGCCGACCAAUGCCAGAGGGCUUGGGAAAAACUAAGUCGCUUAGAGGAGGUGAAAUUUAAACUGGGGUUGGAGGUCGGAAACAAAGCCGAGGCUGAAGAAUUGGACGUAGCACAGCUUGAUUUAAAUAAAUUUGCAGCCAAUAUUACCUAUAAACCUGAUCCAACGCGUAAUCCAAAAAAUUGUUGCACCUAUCAAGGGUGGUUAGAUCACACCAAGAAUAUGAAGCAAAUGGCUGAGAACGAAUUGGCGGACACCUACGCUAUACGAGAAGCCUUGUUCGUGUGCCGUGAAAAGGCGCGCAAUAUGUUGAUAACACAGCAGGAACGCGCCGAGCAUGCCAUACGCAAACGUAUCUUCGAGACACAACGUGCACGUAAUGAACUGCAGUGGCAGCAAAUGAAGAUGAAAGAAGAAAUGGAGAAAGCUGUGUGCGAAAUAAAAACUUUGGAGCAAGCUCUAAGAGAUAAAACCGAUGGGUUGAAAUUAGCGGAGACACGUUUGGAGAACAGGGCACAACGCUCUGGCAUGGAACUGUGUUUGGAUGAGGCGCAUGACCAACUAUGUUUGGAGGUUCAAAAACUGCAGGCUAUACGUCGUCAUCUAAUGGACAAAAUUGAUGAAUCGAAAGCAAAUUACAAUUUGUUGGAGGAACAUGCACAGAAAAUUGACGUUGAUUUAGAGAACAAAGAGCAUUCCUUAAUGACCGACAUUCGGGCCUUAGACUUGCGCAAGCGUCUAAAAGGUGGUGAAUUUGGCCAAAAGCAAGCAACUCCUGCUACACAGACCGAUCGUAAUAUUGUACUAACUCAAAUGGAACAAGAAAUACCAAAAAAUUAAUUACGCUCCAUAUAUGUAUGUGUGUCUGUAACUUUGUCAAAUAUGUCCUUAUAUUGUUAUAUUGAUGUUUUCAAAUAUAUAACUAUAUUAAUUGAGUUUAAAA